AUGCAGUCUUCACCGUCGGUGUGCAGAGUGACCUCCACAGGGCCCUCAGCGCGGUCCUACACGCUGGGCCUGACCUGGGUGACGCUGAGCACCGCCAGGUGUGGCCCGAUCAACGCAGCCCACCCCUUCCCCAGCAUGCACCGGCUGCAUGUGGAGGUGUCCCCCAACGGUGUGCAGUGGAUCUCGACGCCGCGGCCCAUUUCUCUCUUCGAGCACCCGCACUUCUACAGCAUGUCGCCUCUGGUGGCGGCGGUGCACUCCCCUCGCUGGAUUACUGUGCGGGGCAUUGGCUUCCCGAACAUCGUGGGCAUGAAGAUCGCUGUGGAGAUUGCGCCGGGCUUCUAUCGGCAGGCGCUCCGCGUGAACCGCACGGCCUUGCGCUUCCGUUCUCCCGCGACGGCUUCGCCGCUGAACGCCUCGAUUUGGGUGACCUUUGGGGGAUCACCGGCCCGGGACACCGGCUUCAUCCUGAGGCUGGUGGAUUCCCCCACCGUGUCGGAAGUGACGCCUCCAGCCAUCAGCGUGGGAGAUCCGACAGGCACGGAUACCCGGCGCCCGGUGAACGUGUAUGGCACCAACUUCCGAACCACGGACGAGUGCAUCUUCCAGUCGGUGUCCAUGGCCACACCCACACGGGUGCCUCUCUCCAGCUACAUCUCCUCCACCCACGUACUGUGCCUGGCGCCAGGCGUGGCACUGUCAGAUGCGCUGGUGCCGGAUCCUGCCGAGAAGCCGGUGGACCACUGCGAGGUCUAUGCGUCUCUCCAGGUGCGGAUCAACAGCUUGCGGGACCAGGUGAACGCCAUGAAGGUGGAGCAGCUGACGCGGUCUCCAGUGCGCCCAGGCUGCGAGGGUGGCUGCGAGGAGAGAAACCUCACCUUCACCGAGAACGGCACCUUCAUUCCCUGGUACUCGGAUCUUGGAGGAGACCUCGAGACCUUCAACGUGUCUCCGGGCAACAUGUCAUCUCUUGAGGUGUCUCUUUGGCCUGCGAGUCCUCUACAGGUGGCAUUGGAGCAGGAGCAGGAGCAGCUGAUUUUCGAGGCAGGCGUGGAGUACCUCAAAUGCGUGGCACAACAAGCAUCCCCCACGGUGGAGGUGCGAUCCACCGGGGGCUUCCUGCUGACGGCUGUGUGGUCCCCGGAUCUCUUUGAGCAGCCCAUCGUUACAGUGGAGGAGUCCUUCCCGGUGCGGCUGCUGCCGCGGCUGGGGAUCUCCUCUGUGACACCAGACUCCGGCCCAGUGACGGGAGGCACUCUCAUCGCAGUGAUGGGAAACGGCUUCACGCAGCAGGGGCGACUGUCCUGUGCAUUUGACGACAAUCUCUACAUGCCAGCCCGCUACUUCAACGAGAGCUUGAUCUACUGUACAACACCAGCAUACCAUCCUGCAGGAGUUGCAAAGCUGAAGGUGGCCAGUUGGCUCCAUGAGCUCUCGGUGACCUCCGUAGACUUCACCUUCUAUCCGAAGUGGGUAUUUUCUCUACGCGAGGAGUCCGCUUGCUUUGCUGGAGGGGGCGACAGCGUUGUGCUCUAUGCGCGCGAGGCGCAGUUCUUGCAGUGGCAGUACUCUGUGUACCGGGCGCUGUGCUUGUUCACAGCCGCUGGGCCCCCGAUGCGGGUCUUCGACGCUGAGGCCACGAUCUACUCCUGGAACGAGACCAUGCGGGUGGUUUGUCCCUGCCCCGCAGUGGCCGCAAGCUCCGGCGACUCGAUGAAUGUCUCCAUCACGCUGGAUGGCAAAUCGACCAUCAGCGAUGUACUAGGCCAACCAGUGCAGAUCCUCGCGCCACCUGUGGUGACCCACACGACGCCGAGCAUCUGGACCUUGGGAACAGACUUGGAGCUUCAGAUCACCGGCACCGACUUCCCGGCGCAGGUGACAUUCGCCUGUGGUUUCUACGCCCCCCGGGCCGAAGGCUACAUCUUCGAGUCCUUCCACUGGAUCCAGCAAAGCGUUUGGCAGGGCCUCAUCGAGGACAGCUGCGACCCGGUACCGGUGGCCGACUACACCCAUCAGUGGCAAGACGUGCGUGAGUCCCACUGCGCACUCGCAGGUCUCAACGUGUCCUACGAUGGGAACCUCCUGGUGGUACCAGCUGAGCGCUUGAGCGCCCGAGAGCUGCUCUGCCAUGUGCCAGCCGCCGUGACCGAAAGGGCGCAUAUGGUGGCCAACCGCUUCCUGGUGUCGCAUUUGCUGGCCAAGAAGAGUACAGGUUUUAUCACGCAGGUGGCAGAGCUGCCCGACCUCCAGUUGCUGCCUCCACCACAGAUUGGCAAAGUGGAACCUGAGGUGGCGGCGGUGUUGGAACGGAACGACAGCAGCAGUGUGGAGCCUCUGCUGCUGCGAGUGAGCGGCGCGUCCGGAAGCCCAGGCAAUACUUCUUACAGCAUGCUGGGCGCAGCAGAAGGAAGAGGCGGGCUGUUUGCCUCCGUGCUGUGGGAGGCUGUCAUAUUAUGA